AUGGAUUAUGAUGAGACUGUUGAACCGUCGAAGUUUAUGGCAGAUUUCCUCCGCCAGUGUGGUGGCUAUGCCAUCGUUGACGGUGGCUUGGCGACGGAGCUUGAACAACACGGGGCUAAUCUUAAUGAUCCUCUCUGGAGCGCCAAAUGCCUCCUUAGUUCACCUCACCUCAUUAGAAGGGUACACCUAGACUACCUUGAAGCAGGUGCAAACAUCAUAAUAUCUGCAUCUUAUCAGGCUACCCUUCAGGGUUUCGAGGCUAAGGGCUUAUCUAGGGAAGAAGGUGAAGCAUUACUUCGAAAAAGUGUUGAAAUAGCGUGUGAGGCACGGGACAUACUUUAUGACAGAGCUGCCAAAGGUUCUGGGGAUGUUAUAGGAGAUGGAACCAUAUUGAAACAUCAUCCAGUCUUAGUUGCAGCUUCUGUGGGAAGCUAUGGAGCCUAUCUAGCUGAUGGUUCUGAAUAUAGUGGCAUCUAUGGUGACGCAGUCACUCUGGAAACUUUGAAAGAUUUCCACCGGAGAAGGAUUCAGGUUCUAGCUGAGUCGGGUGCUGACCUAAUUGCUUUUGAGACAAUCCCAAAUAAACUAGAAGCACAGGCCUAUGCCGAGCUUCUUAAGGAAGAAGGCAUAAAGAUUCCAGUCUGGUUUUCUUUCGACUCUAAGGAUGGAACCAAUGUGGUUAGUGGUGAUUCUAUCUCAGAGUGUGCCUUAGUAGCCGACUCGUGUAAGCAAGUUGUUGCUGUUGGAAUCAACUGUACCCCACCUAGAUUUAUUCAUGGACUGAUUCAAUCAAUCCAGAAGGUAACCACUAAACCCGUAGUUAUAUACCCCAACAGCGGUGAGACCUAUGAUGCAGACAAAAAGGAGUGGGUGGUAUCAACUGGAGUUGCAGAUGAAGAUUUUGUGUCGUAUGUGGGCAAGUGGCGUGAGGCGGGGGCUUCUCUUAUUGGAGGCUGCUGCAGGACUACCCCGAAUACUAUCAGAGAUAUUUCUAAAGCUCUUUCUAGCAAAUCAGCUGCCUCUACCGCCCUGCAGUUUUGA